CGGGUCGCGGCAAAACAAAAGCUAUUUCUGCUGGUUUGAUGGGUUAGCUACUUUUUCAUGCCCGAUUGUGCUCUGAACUAUUCAGCUUACUGUGCUGACAAUGGAGAAAAUUAACAAGUUGGAGGCACCAGCUUCUUUCCCAUUUCCAUUUACACCUUACCCCAUACAGCAUGAUUUCAUGUCAUCCUUGUAUGAAGUUUUAGAGGAAGGCAAACUCGGCAUUUUCGAAAGCCCCACUGGUACUGGCAAAUCGCUAAGCUUAAUUUGUGGGGCGUUGACUUGGCUGAGUGAUCAUGAGAAAAGUUUCCGUGAUCACUUAGAGUCUCUUUUAAAAAGCUCUGAUGAAGUUACUUCUAAGGGUGAUUCAAACAACAGCGAUCCCUUUGACUGGCUGAAUCAACAAGCAGAAGAAGUGGCUUCUCGACAAAAAAGAGCAGAGACUAAAUUGAAGUUGGAUUUGUUGGACAAAUACCAAACGAAGUUGUCGAAGAUGAAACAAGCGAGCAAACAAAGAAAAACUAAGGGAAUGCAAGAGAAACUGCCAACAGAUUUUCAGCGAUAUCCAGAUGACCCAAAGAGAGAUAAUGCUGUGAAAAUUGAGAAAGAUGAUGAAGAUGAGCUCUUGCUGGAAGAGUUUAAUGCCUCAGCAUGUGAGGAUAAUUCAGAUGAUGAGAUAUCUCAAGAAGAAAAGCCAGAAACUACUAAAAUAUUCUUUUGCAGUCGAACGCAUUCCCAGCUUGGCCAAUUCAUUGGCGAAGUUCAAAGGAGCUCAUUUGGAAAUGACAUCCGUGUUGUGCCCUUGGCCUCCAGGCAAAAUAGCUGUAUAAAUGAGCAUGUCAGCAAAUUAAAAAGCUUAUCUCUUAUAAAUGAAAAAUGCCUGGAUCUUCAGAGAAAAAAUCACAAAACAACUGCUGUGUCAAGUGAAGGCAAAACUACAAAGAAAUCUCGUAAAUCUGGAGGUUCAUCUAGUUGCCCUGCUAUGAAUCGAAACAAAAUCCAAAUGUUAUCAGAAGAUGUUUUGAGUGAAGUUCAAGACAUUGAGCAAAUUGUGCGGUCAGGGAGGAAAAGUGAGGCAUGCCCUUAUUAUGCGACCAGGGCAGCAGUUGGUGACGCCCAGGUAGUAGUUGUCCCUUAUAACACUAUACUUCACAAAGGCACAAGAGAAGCUUGUGGUAUUCAGCUGAAAAACAAUAUAGUUGUAAUUGAUGAAGCACACAAUCUUCUUGAUGCCAUAGGGAACAUCCAUAGUGCACAAGUCAAUGGAUACCAGUUGUGUCAUGCUCAUAGUCAACUAGUUCAAUACAGGGAUCGCUACCAGAAUCGCUUUAGCCCCAAAACACUUCUUCAUCUUGGUCAAGUAAUAUUUGUUGUUGCCAAACUGAUAAAAAUUAUUGGUGGAAAAGCGGGUGGCAAUCCAGAUAGUGCUAUUGAAAGAGUUCUAGAAAAUAAAAUUUUUACCCUGCCAGAUUUUGUGUUAUCUGCAGAAGUUGACAAUCUCAACCUGUUUAAGCUCUUAGAGUUUUGCCAGUCUAGCAAAAUAUCCCAAAAAUUGCACAGCUUCAGUGCUCUUUACCAUACAGUUGUGAACAUCUCUAAACCGGUUGUGAAAAAUCAAGGAAUUAGAGCUUUUCUUAAAGAAAUGGAAACCAAAAAUAAUAAAGGUUCUGAGCCUAAGCAACCAGUUGAACAAGAGAAAACAGUGACCCCUGCGAGUGCCCCUGAGGGUGGUAAUAAUCCAUUCCUGUCAGUCAUGGCUUUUAUGGAAACCCUUACAAAUGGCUGUGAGGAUGGCCGCAUACUUCUCAAAAGGGGCCUCACUGUUGGUAAAGGUGUACUUAAAUUUCUCCUCCUCAACCCAGCAGCCCACUUCCGUGACAUUGUUCUUCAAGCACGAUCUGUUAUCGUAGCAGGAGGAACUAUGCAACCUAUAUCUGAAUUCCAAGACCAGUUAUUUCUGUCUGCUGGCGGAAAGCCUGACCGCAUUUCUGUGUUUUCUUGUGGCCACAUCAUUCCACCAGAGAACAUCUUGCCCAUUGCCUUAGGAUCAGGCCCUACUGGAAAGCCCUUUGAAUUCUCAUACAGCCAGAGAGAUUCCAUACCUAUGAUCACUGAGUUGGGUCGAUUGCUUACAAAUAUUUGCAACAUAGUUCCUGCUGGUAUUGUUUGCUUUUUCCCUUCAUAUGAUUAUGAGAAACGUGUAAUUGAACAAUUUGAAAAGUCAGGAGUUAUAAAGCAAAUUGAAUGCAAGAAGAAGAUAUUUCGGGAGCCAAAGCUUUCAAGUGAAGUGGAAGAAGUUUUAUCAGCUUACUCAGCUUGUAUUCGACGAACAAAGGUUUCCUCUGGAGAGUCCAAAUUAUCUGGAGCAAUUUUGUUCAGUGUGAUAGGAGGGAAGUUGAGUGAAGGUCUUAACUUCAGUGAUGAUUUAGGCCGGUGUGUAGUUGUUGUGGGACUCCCAUUUCCCAACAUUAAAUCUGUAGAGCUACAGGAACAAAUGAAAUAUUUAGAUAACACUGUGGGAGCUGGUGGUGGGCAAAGACAUUAUGAAAAUUUGUGCAUGAAGGCUGUCAAUCAGUCAAUUGGACGAGCAGUCCGUCACAAGGAUGAUUAUGCCUCAGUUGUCCUUUUAGACCAGAGAUACUUGCAGCAGAACCGGCAGAAAUCACUACCACAAUGGAUUCUAAGAUCUCUGGAAUCUCAUGAAAACUUUGGUUCAGCAUUUGGGUCAUUAAGAAAGUUCUUCCAGGAGAGGCGGUCAUCACAGCAGUCACAACAGUAGUUGAAGAUUGAUUAUUGCAUCAAUUUGUAUGAUAAUUUUAACAGACUGUAAAAUAGUAGGGUUUUAAAAUAUUUAUUGUUAAGUAACAAAAUGUAGAGUAUUUAUCAAUAAGAUUUGUAUUGUA